ACUAUCGACAAAAGCGCCAUUACUGUCAAAAUGACAAAAAGAAGCGUUUCUAUGGUUUGUCGUCUUAUUUUUUUCAGCCAAAUUCUUUUUGUCGACGACCGGAUAAUAUAUAAAAAGCUAAUGCAUUUAUUUUUUUAUUAUAUCUAAAUGGAAUAAACUGUUACAGAAAGUUUAUAUAUUUAAAAAAAUCUUUGAAAUUAAAGUCUCUAAAUCAGUUUCUUAACAAAAUUGCUUUGGACAAUCGAUAAAAUGUCUGCUGUUGUGCCAGACAGUGGUGACUGGAUAUGUGGUGAUAGCGACUGUCGCCAUUUAAACUUUGCGCGGCGUACACAAUGUAAUAAAUGCCAACGUGAACGUAGCGUUGAACGUGGUGCAACACCGGCAAAGAAAAAGUUGGGCACAGAAAUUGGAAAAGCGGCGGCUGAAAAAUCAAGGGGUCUUUUUAGCGCUGAAGAUUGGCAAUGUAAUAAAUGUGGCAAUGUCAAUUGGGCGCGUCGACAGACUUGUAAUAUGUGUAACGCCCCCAAAUUCAGUGAUGAAGAAAGGACUGGUUACGGUGGUGGUUAUAACGAUCGUGGUGUUGUCGAAUAUAAAGAACGUUCGGAAUCUGAUAGUGAAUACGAUGAAUUUGGUAGACUGAAAAAACGUAAAAUUGCAAGUAAAGACAACAAUUCUGAUAAUAAGCAUAAAAAACUUGAAACCAGUGAUGAAGGCGAAGAAGACGAUGAAGAGGAUGGUGAUGAAGAUCUUUCCAAAUAUGAUUUAUGGGGUGAUGAUGAUGCUCCUACCAAUACAUCACCGAAAAGCAAUAACAAUGCGCAGGAAGUGAAAACCGAAAAUAAAACUAAUAAUAAAAGAUUGUCUCGCUCAAGAUCAUCUUCCCAUACGUCCAGAUCAACAUCGACUUCCUCGACAUCUUCUACCUCAUCAACAUCUUCCAGCUCAUCAUCUUCAUCAUCAACUUCGAGCAGCACUCGAAAAUCUCGCUCACCUGGAAAAUCAACAAGUAAUAUUCUCUUAGGAGGACGUAGAUCCCGUGAACGAUCUAAAUCAAGUUCACAACGAUCUAACACAUCAUCCAAAAAAAUAGAUCAGCAGUCUAAGUCACGUACCAGAUCUCGAUCAUCGUCUAUCUCUUCAUCUCAAUCAUUCAAACGAGGUAGCUUAUUAAAUAAGCGUAAUGAUUCCAGCCGUUCUCCAACAUCUAACAACCGCAAACGCUCUAGGUCACGCAGUCGCUCUCGUAGGCGUUAAUUUUUCGAAAUAGUCAGAAUUAAUUUAAUUUUCCUAUGUUAUCAAUAAUACCUGCAACCAAAUCUACACUUUUCAAAAUUGACUUUGUUUUCAUUGGAAUGGCCUGCAGAUUUUUAAUUUAUUUUAUUCAUAAUUUUAUUUAAUUUUGUGCUUUGUAUAUUAGUUUUUUCUUUUUAAAAGUUAACUACUACAGUAAUAAGUCAACAAAAUGUGCUUGAAAAUAAAAUUGCUGUCCAAAUAUUGCUUUCUUAUUAAUUAUACAUUUUUUCAAAAAAACAGUAUUUUUCAAUUGCAACUUUGCCUGAUUAUGCACUAGGACGAAAUAGUUAUAUCUAUUCUAUAUAAUUGCAUGAAUGUGUUUUCUUCUCCUUUUUGGUUUGUACUUAUGGAUUGCAUGAAAUCGUUUCGUUCUAUGCCCAACGCACGAUUAAACUACAAUCGCUCACUGAAGUAGUUCAUAACUCUCACUGUCCUCCAAUUUCAUGGAAUACAGUAGCCAAUAACUAGCUUAUUCUGCACAGUAUUAUAGAAAUGGAUUUGCUCAACUUCAUUUUGCCUCUUUCAUUCUAGCUACUGUAAUUUAAUCCUGCGUUGGGCACUAGUCUGUUAAUAGUCUUUAAGAUAUAAAAUGAUACUACCACUAUGGAUCCGAUACAGAAUGCUUAUAAUACAAUACUACCAUGGAAUAUUUCGUUGGAUAAUUUAUAAAUAUAUUUUGUGUCGUAUACACAAUACAUAAUUAUAUAGCGACACUCAUCAUUAGCUAUUUUUUAGUUCUUAUCAAAAACAACUUAAAAAUUAUAAACUGAUACUGCAAAUAAAUUGUUUUAGUAUAAUAAU